AUGAUCUAUCAGACAAGCCUCUACGCCUGCAGCGUCUCUAUCUUAGGGCUAACGAUUGACUAUGGUCCAUAUGCCUUCAUGGAUGUUUUCAACCCGUUUCAUAUCUGCAAUCAUACGGACGAAUCUGGGAGAUACGCAUACAUGUACCAACCAAAUAUGAUAAUCUACGCAUUGCGUGCCUUGCUCAACGCGCUGGCCCCUCUGAUAGGUGCUGAGAUGGAACUCGGCGGUAAAGCUGUCGCAGCAGGUUGGGCCGAUGGAGUAUCCUCCGACAAGAUCAACGAAUGGCGCGAGAACGCUGUAGACGCAGUUAAAAAUGAAAUGGAGAGGGUUAUGCAAGAAACCACGUCGCAAGAAUAUUCCCAGUUAAUGCGCAAGCGCCUCGCUCUUCGUAGAGGGACUCCCCGAGAUGACAGCCAAUUAUUCAAACCUUUAUUGAAGAUAAUGCAGGACCAUAGGCUUGACUUCCACUCGACCUUCCGUAAGCUAUGUUUCUUCCGCCCCUCAAUGCUGGGCUUGGGGUCUUCGGAUGCGGCGAAUAAGGCGGUCGACGCAACCAACAACCAACCACCGUCGAGUCACACCGGCCUUCCUCCUCUGCAAGCGUUCAUAACAGAUCUGCUAGCGCUAACCCCAGAGGCUCAGAUAAUGGACCACGGUCAAGCGACGAGUGAUUGGCUCAAGUGGCUGGAGGUGUAUUCGACGCGUAUUGAGAGUGAAAGGGAAGAAUGGGUGCCACAUGGAGAGGAGACCGAGUUCGACUACGAUGUCAGCCGGGAGAAAGCGGCCAAGGCGACGAAUCCAAGAUUCGUGCUGCGGCAAUGGGUGCUCGAAGAAGUGAUAUCCAAAUGCGAAAAGGAUUCGACCAGCGGCAAGAGGAUUCUAGCGAAGGUCAUGCAUAUGGCAAGCAACCCCUUCGAAUCAUGGGGCGCUGAGGAUGAUGAUAGAACGGAGAUUGACCUCGAUGCAGAGGAAAGGGAGGAAAGAAGGUACUGCGGAAUGGGAGAAAGGCGGUACCUUGGUUUCCAGUGCAGUUGCUCCAGUUGA